UCCAGAUUUAUUCCCAUGCAAAGCUUACACUCUUUAUGAACUAUUAUUCGUUUUGACUUUUUUUAGAAUAAUUGCUCAAAACAUUACCAUAGUUUACCAAACAAACUAUGGCGACCGAGAGUGUUCUAGCGUCAAGAGACACUUUGGUCAGGUACGGGAAUCCCGUGUUGGUGUCCAGACGACCAGAAAGACCAGCGUCUCCCACAGGACUUCCAGCGGCAGCCCAGGGAGACAUAGGGCUUCCGCCGACCGAGAAGGCCAAAUCUACCGAGGAGGUCCUUAACUGCAUCCUUCCACCACGGGAAUGGGAGGAGAACGGACAACUGUGGAGACAGACAGUGUCUAGCGAACCGGCGACCAGGGAGGAUGUGAAGAAACUAGGAGAACAACUGGACACAGGGCUGCAGCAACAGCAGGCCAGGGAGACGGGGAUUUGUCCUGUCAGGAGGAAGAUGUUCAGUCAGUGCUUCGACGAGAUUAUCCGACAGGUGACAAUCAACUGCUGCGAGAGAGGGCUGCUGCUGCUAAGGGUGCGGGAUGAGAUGAGAAUGGCGACGGCAGCUUACCAGACUCUGUACGAGAGCAGCGUGGCUUUCGGCAUUCGUAAAGCUCUGCAGGCUGAGCAGGGCAAGUGCGAUAUGGAGGAGACAAUCGUAGAGUUGAAGGAUGUCAAGGCGGAGCUUGAACGACAAGUUGCCGAACUUAGGGCGAAGGCCGAACAGAUAGAGAGAAGAGCAAGCGAGCUGAGACAGGCUGAGGAGAGAAAACAUUCCGAGGAAGUUGAUUUUCUCAAGAAGACGAACCAACAGUUGAAGUCCCAACUGGAGGGGAUCAUUGCGCCGAAAAAGUAGUCAAAUUGGAAGAUUCCCUUGAACUCGUACGAUCAGCCCUUCAUCAUUGCUAUUUGUUAAAAUGUGUAGUUUAAAAUUUUGCAUUUCCUUACAAUGAAGCUUCAACGAUUAUAAAAGACUACACGAAGGUCGAUCAUUUACUUUACUAAUAUUAAUUUUGUCUGUCAUUCAUAAAUAAAUUAUCAACCUAUAUUA